GGUGACUUGUGCGUGUCGGUGUGCCACGACUCACAAAACGAGCGUUCCUUCGCCGCUCCGCUGUGACCCGCCCCCGCGGACCAGAAGCGGCCGACAGUCUGUGACGGACGGCGCAGCGGAGAGCCGCGCAGCAGACAGCCAGGCAGGCAGGAGCGGCCCCCGGGAAGUCAGGAGUCCUCCGGAGUCACCGCGCGGCAACGCCAUUUCACCGCAAGAUACGGGAGCAGCUAACUGAAGCUACAGAAUGGCGGUGGACAUCUAUGACUCGCAGUACCUGCUCAUCCUGGCCCCCUCCCUGGUCAUCGCCCUCAUGUUCCUCUUCUUCUGGCUCUUCAUGAAGGAAACCUCCUACGAUGAGGUGCUGGCGAAGCAGAAGCGCGACCUCAAGCUGCCGCCAUCCAAGCCAGACCCCCGGAAGAAGAGCGAGAAGAAGAAGAGCAAGAAGAAGGAGAGCGCCAGCGGAGGAGGAGGAGGAGGAGGCGGCGGCGGCGGCGGAGGGGAGUCGGAAGAAGACCUGCGGGAUUUCGAUUUGGCGGACGUGGCGAACAGCUCCACUCUGGAGGUGGAGGAAGAACCGGCGCCGGCGGUGAUACCAGAUCCCGACCCUCCGGCGCCUGCUGCCUAUGUGGCUACGUCAGCGACACCCGAGGCUCCCACCGGUCUGAGGGAGAGAAAGAAGAAGGAGAAGAAAGCUGCCAAAGCUGCAGCCGCCGCUGCUGCUGCCGCCGCCGCCGCCGCCACCACCGCAUCCUCCUCUGAUGAACCCGAAGUCAACGGCUCCAAACCAGUCAGCCGCAAGACGGAGGCGCCGCUGACUGCUAGCAAGCAGUCCGGUCCACAGCUGGAGGCCCCGGUCCAGGCCCAGGUCCAGGCCCAGGUCCAGGCCCAGGUCCAGGCCCAGGCUCAGGCUCAGGCUCAGGCUCAGGUCCAGACCCAGGCUCAGGUCCAGGCUCAGACUCCUCCACAGACCUCUGGGAAGAAGAAGGACAAGAAGAAACAGAAAACAGAGCCUGUGGCCGACCAGCAGCCGGAGGUUAAAGCCGAGAAGGCGCCGGCGGCCGUCAAGAAGGAAGCUCCCGUUGUGGCUGAAACUAAAGCGGUGGACGGCGCGCCUCAAGUCACCACCGGCGGCAAGAAGAAGAGCGCCAAGAAGCAGAAGGCCGAGCCUGUCGAUGAAGCGCACAUUUUGGCAGAUUCAGCAGCGAACCACCAAGCGGCUCACAACAACGACGCGCCGUCCAAAGGAUCCAAGAAGCAGAAGAAUGAAACUGAUCGAGAGAACACGGGGGUGAAGCUGAAGGAGCUGCUGUCCGGCCUGUCCAGCCUGACGCUGUCCGAGGCCGAGGCCGUCAGCGUGAUCGCCCUGCUCCGGGAGAAGAGCCCUCGCGCCCUGGAUGCCUGGCACAAGUCCGCAGCCCGACCGGACCCGGCGGCGCAGGAGCGAGAGAAGCUCCUCACAACCCUGCAGGAGGAGGCCUCCAUCGCCAAGGACAAAGUCAAACAGCUCAGCCAGGAGCUCCAGGUUGAGAAGCAGAAAACGGGCCGAGUGGAGGCCAUGAUGAGAGAGCAGCGCUCGGCCAUGGAGAAGGAGCUGGGGGGCAUGCAGGCCAAAGCGCAGGGCAGCUACCAGGAGCUGCAGACCAUGCAGAUCAAAUUUCAGCAGGUGAGGGAGCAGCUGGAGAGCCAGAUCAAUCGCCUGCAGCAGGAGAACGGCAUCCUGAGGGACGCCGUCAGCUCCGCCACCAACCAGAUGGAGAACAAGAAUUCGGCCGAGCUCAACAAGCUGCGCUCGGAGUACGCCGGCCUGAUGAAAGAGCUGGCAGACAACAACGGCAAGCUGCAGCAGGAGGAGCACCAGAGGAAGUCGCUGGAGGUUAGCUACAAGCAGAACGUGUCCCAGCUGGAGGCUCAGCUGCAGGACGCUAAGAGACGCUGGGAAGAACUGCAGAACUUCCUCCACACGGUCAACGCAGAGCGGGAGAAUCUUCAGGGCGCCAAGCAAGAGCUGCACAGCCAGCUGAUGGCGAUGGAGACGGAGAUGAACAACAAGAACAAGGAGAUCCAGACUCUGCACGGCAGCCUGACUGACGCCAUGGUCUCCAAGGAGCGGCUGGAGCAGAGGGUGAUGGAGCUCAUGGAGAUGUCCAAGCACAGCAUGCCGGACGACUCGGUGCAGGCCCGGGUGCAGGAUCUCGUGAAUGAAAACCAGGGUCUUCAGGUCCAGAACGAGAGCCUGCAGGCUCAGAUCUCCUCACAGGCCUCACACGUCUCCCACAUGGAGGAGCUACAGAAGCUACUGGCGGAGAAGGAGCUGCAGCGGAAGAGUCUGGAGGAUUCUCUCAAUGCGGAGCGGAGCAGCGGGGCCAGCAGGGAAACCAACAUGCAGGCGCUGCACAAUGAGAACGGGUCCCUGAAGGCAGAGAUUCAGAGUCUGCAGGCACAGAUUUCUGAUCAGGCUGCAUCCCAGAUGGCUUUCGAUCAGUUUCAGCAGAGCAUCCGAGAGAAAGAGGAGAGCAUAAAGACUGUAGAGGGUCUGCUGGAGAAAGGGCUGAUCGAGGUGGCAAAUAAAAAGGAGGAGCUCAAGACUGUACAAGAAGAGAACGAGGGUUUGAAACAGGAAGUGGAGAACUUGAAGAGGAGAACAGCAGAGCAGGCGUCGUCGGAGUCAACAGUGGAUGAACUACAAAGCAGGAUCCAAGAGAAGGACGAGCAGCUGAAGUCGGUGGAGGAGAGUCUCCGGGCGGCUCAGGACAGCAGCUCCGCCAAAGACGAGACUGUCAAGGCCCUGGAGCAGCAGUUGGCUUCCCUGCAGGCAGAAACGGAGCAGCUGAGACAGAAGGAGGCGGCGGAGGAGCCGACCGGCUCCGGCCCUCAAGUCCAAGAGCUCCAGACUGAGCUGACGGCGAAGGACCAGCAGGUCCAGAAGCUGCAGGCGGAGCUGGAGGCGCUGACCCAGGAGCUGAGCCAGAAGGCGGAGCAGCUGAACCAACAGCAGUCUCACAUAGGAGUGCCAAGCCCGGAGCUGCUCACAGCGUUGACGGAGAAGGACGCCCAGCUGUCCGGCCUGCAGAGCGAGCUGGCGGAGCUGAGGGACUCUCUGGAGCUCCACAGGAAGAAGAACAACGAGCUCCGGGAGAAAAACUGGAGUGCAAUGGAAGCUCUGUCAGCCACCGAGUCCAUGCUUCAAGGAAAAGUCAGCAAAGCCGUCAAGGAGAACCAGACGGCGCUGGCAGCCUCUCAGGCCGAGUGUCGAGACGUUCUACAAAGACUGCUUCCCCACGUGCCUCUGCCCUCCGAGCAGGACCAUCAGGAGUGGCUCCAAAGAUUUGAGAGAGCAGCAGCUGAAUCCUCCGCUGCACAGUCCAGCCCUGCAUCAGGUGACUCCGAGGAACUGACCGAGAAGCUGAGAGAAGCCGAAGAAGCCCAGAGGAUUUUACAGAAGGACUGUGAGACGUACAAGAAGGUGUUGGCCGAGACGGAAGGCAUCCUGCAGCGCCUCCAGAGCAGCGUGGAGCAGGAGGAGUCCCGCUGGAGGGUGAAGCUCGAGGUGUCGCAGGGCGAACUCCGAGAGAUGAGCCAGAAAGUCGCCGGUCUGGAGCAGGAGAUCGAGAGACUAACUGAUGGCGCUGAGCUGGAAAAUCUGAGGAGAGAAAAGCAGCACUUGGAGACCGAGCUGGAGCGGGCGGAGCAGCAGAGCGCCACCUACGUGUCGGAGGUCCGAGAGCUCAAAGAUCUGUUGACUGAAUUGCAGACCAGGCUUGAUGGCUCAUAUACAGAGGCUAUCAGACAGAAUGAGGAGCUGACUUUGUUGAAAACUCAGCUGACUGAAACGCUGUCGAAGCUGGAGGCCGAGGAGAACGAGAGGCAAACGGUGGCUGGAGACCUGUACAAGGCGCAGCAGUCUCUGGACCUGAUCCAGGGGGAGCUUUCCAAAGUGACGGACAACGCCGACGACCUGAUCGAGAACAGCACGCUGUCCUCGCAGAGAGAGGACAUCGACAGAAAGGAGAAGAUGACUGCAGGCCUGAACCAGACGGUCAGAGAGCUGCAGCAGCUGCUACAAGCCGUCAGCCGGCAACUCACUAAAGGCCAGGAGGGGGAGGCCGACAAAGAUCUGCCCAAGGUAUAGUCGGAGGAGGGCCGACGCCCACGUCUGAGCUCCGGUCUGAUCACUACCGCAUCACGCCAUCACGUCACACCCCGCCACCUCUCCCCUCCUGACCUCUGACCUCCGCCACCUCUCCUGUACUGUAGGCAGCGUCAGACUCUGCACUGGUAAAGCACUCGCAGGCAGAAGUUACUGUUAAUUCCACAAACUCCAGGCACUGUACACACAUACACACACACACACACACACAUACACACACACACACACACACACACACACUACUCCACUCCCACCACAUUCCUUUUCUUUAGCAGCAUCUCCAGUUGAUUUUCUUCAUGCAGCAUCAUUUGUAUUCAUGUGUGGAAACCAUUCCUCUGUUCUUCAGUCACGUCCUUCUCGAUCCCGCAGUAGUUUUCUUGUCGAUGCCAAUUUCCAACUCCACUCAACAAACUUUUGGGUUUUCCAGUCCUCCUUUCUUUUCUUCUUCUUCUUCUUCUUCUUAACUUAAAGAUGUGUAUUGUUUAAAUGUACCAGUUAGGACCUGCUGAAAUACACUAUGUCGUUGAUCCGUCUGCCUCCUCGUGAGAAGAGCGUCGUCGUCGUGCAUUCGUAGAUCCGUGCACGCCCCGUGGCUCGGAGCCGGGCGGGAGAGGUCACUGCGUGACUGGAACUGUGGAGAGAUGCGUGGACACGUUGUAGUUGGAGUCUGUACUGCAGCUCCUGUGUCAGCAGUGUAGAGAGUUUCAGUCCUCCUGCAAACUACCCUAGGAAUAAGCGUCCCAUAUCAUCUGUAAUCAGCACUCGCUAUUCUGUUGCUAAAUUCAUUAACACUGAAGAUUUUAUUCUUUUUGUAAUGGGUGAUGUUAAUAAAAGGGAUGCUUGAUUAAAAAAAAAAAACCUGU